AUGUUUGUUCUCAUCUGGGCAGCUCUGCUUUUCUCUGUGAGAGGCAGUAAUGCUGGCACAGGUUCCUCAGCCUCAGAACACUGUGACAGAGAAUACUGUGUUACUCUCAGUGAGCAAGAACUAAGAGCAGAGGCUGGACUCUGUGUUGUGAUCUCGUGCUCUUUCAGGACUGCUGCUGCUUUUACCCCCAAACAUAUAGUUUGGUUCAAAUGUGAAGCAUCUACUGAAAGAUGUGGUGAUGCUGACAUAAUAUUUCACAGCAACAAAAACACAAAGAAAAAGCCUCAGGCUGGAUUUGAAGGACGAGUGUCACUUUUGGAGCCUGAUGUGAGUCAGAACAACUGCAGCAUCAUCAUUAAUGAUCUCAAACAGUCUGAUUCUGGAUCAUAUCAGCUCAGAGUUAUUGGUGAAUGGAACGGGAAAGAAGAUGGAUUCACAUUCAUUACAAAAGCAGCUGUCUCUGUUACAGGUCUUAAACAGAAGCCCACAGUAAUGAUUCCCACACUGACAGAGGGACAGCAGGCCACACUGACCUGCACUGCUCCUGGUCUCUGCUCUGGAUCUGUUCCUGAAAUCACCUGGACAUGGAGAGGAGCAGGAGGGACUCACAUUACAGAGAACAUCACUGCUUUCAAGACUGAGAGUGUGACAGCUUUCACACAGAGACACACCUCAACUUUGACCUUUAAUGCGUCAGCUGAACAUCACAACUCUGAAAUCACCUGUAAAAUCGGCUUCACAGGUGAAACAACUACAGAAGAGACUUCAGAUUUGAGAGUGAACUAUGUGAAGGAAGUUAAAAUCACUGGUGUUACACGUGUGAGGGAGGGCGAGGCUCUGAAUCUGACCUGCAGUGUUGAAAGUUUCCCUCCAUCUCUGAUUAUGUGGAAACAUCAUAGUUCCAACACAGACCACAGUGACACUGGAUCAUCUACACUUGUCAUCAGUAAUGUGACAGCAGAGCACUCUGGACUGUACGUCUGUACAGCAAAACAUCUGGACACAACUGUGACUUCAUAUGUUGAAGUGAUUGUGACUUGGUUUUCAAAGAUCCUCGAUGGCUCUGGAUGUGUGCGUCAGUCAGAGGUUUUGACCUGUGUGUGUAUCAGCGAAGGGUUUCCUUUACCUACCAUUAACUGGCCGCUCCUGAAGAACCACACUGAGUACUCUGUCAUUACCACUGUGACAAACCACACAGUCAGCAGCACUGUCAGUCUGAGUGUAAAAAACCAUGGCAACAGCACUGUUGAAUGUGUCAGCAACAAUGGAAAUGGAGAAGAAAGAGAAAACCUGAUCCAGAAAAACCUGUCUGGUAAUUUUAGUGUAAACGGAGCAGUUCUCUUACCCAUUGCUGUUGUAUCGAUCCUUGUGAAUGUGAUCUUUAUAAUCUACUUUGCAUUCCUUUGGAACUCAAGAAAAAAGCUUCAACCAGAGGACAAAGACAGUACAUACAUGUCCCUGCAGAAAACCCACAGAUCAUCAGAAUAUGAUGUUAUUUGCAGCCGCUGAAAUAGCACGUGUCACAGAG